UUGCAAUUCAAAGAUGGCGGCUCGUCGACUAAUCUUAGGAACAAGUUCGAAUUCAUUUGGGCAUCAAGGUUCGCUGUUAAGAAAAUUGAAAAACACUAGAAACUUCAGCUUAAAUACUAAUUACCGUUCAAAUGGGAGCAGUUUUCCCGUUCGAAGUGAUUGUAUGUUACCCAAAGACUGCUUCAAGAGCAAGACGGCCUUUAUUACCGGGGGUGGUACAGGCUUGGGAAAAGGAAUGGUAAAAAUGCUGUCUGAACGUGGUGCAACUGUGGUGAUAUCCAGCAGGUAUCUUUAUUGUAUUAAUUUUGUUGCAAAUUACUAUAGUAGAAGUUUGAUGCAGAGGCAGUUUUAGGAUCUUUAACAUCCCCUUGUAAGUCAGUGGGGGAGGAUAGGGCGUGGGAACCCGGGAGAAUAGAGGGCAGGAGGCCGGGCCACGGGUGGGUGGUAACAGCUUCAAACGGGUGCGGAGUGGGAAAAGGGCUAAAGGGAGGAAGCUGAGGAAAUAGGUGCAGGAGCUGGGAAUGUAAGAUAUGGGAGAUGGAAGGUUUGGACCACCCUGUCCUCCCCCCACCUUUAACCCUCCUCUCCCCCACACUUUAAGGGUGCAACAAAAUAUUAAGAUAUUAUCUGGAAUUUAAGGUUGUCACAUUAUUUUGUGCCCAGACUACCUCUAUCCCUGCACCAUUUUUGAUCAGAGACAUGUCUCUGAUAACCAGAUUAAUUGAAUAAAAUUUAUGUCCUACACAGAGCACUUAAUAAGUCCCUAGUCUAUUUUUUGUACUGCAAGCUAAUGUUAUGGCCCGUUAGCUUUCAGUACAAAAGAUAGUUUACUGGAUACCAGGCCAACUCUCACACAUUAUGUUUGAUUGUCUCACCUUCAAGGACGUCAAUCUCACACAUCAAGGGCAAUUUUAAUCUCGUACCCAGAUCUCUACCCUGCGAGCAGAGGCUACAUUUUCGCUGUGUGAGCUGGCAUGUGAAAAGUAGCCCCUGCCGACAACCAUUCAAUUUUCUAUCGUGCAUGUGCAAAAUUCAUCAUGCGAUUCGCAAGCAAAUCUGUCAUUAAAUGGCGCGAGUUUCUUGGGAAUGAAAAUAAUUGCAACAACUCUGAUCUGCUAUGCAAGACUCACGCAAUGCUCUAAACUGGUCAAAACAGGAAAAAGCCCAUUUUUUAAUUUAUUUGUCCAGAUUUCUGGACGGAUUUGAAUGGUUAUUGGCAGAGGCUACUUUUUGCACACCAGCUCAUUCAGCGAAAAUGUAGCCUCUGCUUGUAAGGUACCAGAUCUCUCGCUCAUGAAGCCGAAGGUGAGAUCUGGUCAAAUAAGAAAAUUCAGUUUUUUUGAUUUGCUAGAUUGUGAACAAAUGAUGUGAGUGUUGUCUCCUGCACGCGCUAUGGCGUGUGCAAUUGGUUCUUUACGAAGUCUUCAGUUCUGUUCAAAUAAAUAGUUAUUCAGUUUUCCCUGAAAAUACUUUAAAAGGCACUUAAUUUUGACUUUGUGUCCUUACUGUAUCACAUGCAACACACUAAAUUGUUGCCUUUUAAAUAGCUUUGGAAGUGCUCAAAGGUUAUCUGAACAUCUUGGGACAUUUUUGGCAAUUUUUGACAUCUUCAGAUAAUCAUCGGAAAUCUUUGGAAGUCGUGGGGACAUUUUUGGAAAUUCUGGACAUUAAAAGGCAAAAAUCUCAUGCAUUCGACGUAAGAAAAAUUUGGUAAAUAUAGACUAUGGACUGUUCGCAGUGUCAAUUUUCAAAAGUGAUGGAAGAAAAACUUGAAAAUUACAUUAGAGGAAAAGGACCAAAAAUGGGACUAUUAAAUAGAUUAAAAUAAUUAAUACAAUAUUUAUUAUUUUAGGAAACUUGAAGUCCUUGAAAAGACAGCUGAGGAAAUUUCCAAAGAGACAGGAAAUAAAGUAAGCUUAUAACAUUAAUUUUUGCCAUCACAAUUCUGCAAUUUGAUCCUUUAAACAAAAAGAGUGAGUAAAAAAGGCUUGCCUGUGAUAUCCUUGAACUAUUUAAUAAAAAAUAAUUAUUAAAGUGAUGGAGGAAGAAAAGAAAUGCUAUUAAUGGAGUGACUGGCUGCUUAUUUUGGGUUUCAAACCCGUCAACAAUAGAUGCGUGUGGGGAAGGUUCCUAGUGAAACAGAAAGGAGCAGCAAGUGAACAGAAGGUAACCAUGACAACCUUGUGAGUGGCACCCACCAGGCAUCUUCACACUGAGAACCUCAGUAGAGAAAUGUGCAGAUACUUACCAAAAAAACAUGCGCAGGGAAGGGAGGGCUGGGAGCAAAAACAGCUAGAAUUACUUCUUGCGAAAGCAAUAUAAAGAAAAUGAUUGACUUCAGCAAAAGCCCAAGAUGAUGCCAUAUUAUAUACAACUAUUGAGGGAGGCCGCUAGCCAGCAUUGUCUGGUGUUUAACCUCGCCUAAAUUAGAUUUAGCCACAUUUUAGGGUGCCUUAUAUAGAGUCCAUAGAGGAUACACGUCAAUCAUCCAUUUGAGGAAAAAUACAGUUAAAACCUCUCCACAACAUGUCUGUUUGUUACAGAUAGGUAAGUGGCCACUGUUGUCUGUAGAGAAGUAGCUGUACUAGGGGAGAGAAUUUGUUGGGACAAAAAAACAGGCACUGACACCAUAAAGAAGUCUAAGUGAAGUCCUAAGGAUGCAUGAUUUAAUGCAUAAUGGAGCCUUUCUGCUGCAUAAUAUGACCUCCUAGAAAUUCCACAUAUAUUUUUCCAAUAUUUUUUGCACCUUAUCAAAAGGCUUUUAGGAAAGAGUGGCCAUUGUAAAGAGUCAUUCAUUAGUGGAGAUUUGAAUGGGUAUGUGCACAGUCCCUUGUGUAUAACUGACCAAAUUAUUGCAGAAAACUGUAAUAUUAAACUGUAGAUCUGGUUAUAAGAUUGGUACUCCCACACCAUUAAGUAACCUAGCUUCAGUUUUCAGGUUUUACCAGUUGCUGCAGAUGUACGGGAUCCAUCUCAAGUGGCUGCCGCCAUCGACUUUUGUGAGGAACAGUGUGGUCUCCCUGACAUUAUCAUCAAUAACGCCGCAGGGAAUUUUGUAUCCCCAUUUGAAAGAUUAUCGGCAAAUGCAUGGAAAACUGUGAUUGAUAUUGUACUCAAUGGCACUGCUUAUGUAACGUUGGACGUUGGCAAGAGGCUUAUUAAAGCACAAAAAGGUUUGAUGAUUUUGGAUACCAUCUGGAUUUAUGAAAAUAAAUAUUACAAAUAGAACAUUUAAAUAUAAGGGAAGAAAAAGACUACAGUGCAUCUCAUAUAAGGUUACAACUUUUGUUACUACAGGUAACACCCUCUAGGCUUUGCACCCUCAGCUUGGAGGCAGGAAAUGUUGCUCGGGGGGUAGUCUCCCACGCAGACGUUUUUUUUGGCUUAUCACGCAAUCCUCUUAACCCCUAAGAAUGUCUGUAGGUAGGCUACUUGGGGAGGGGGGUGUACUCUCUCAUACAAAAGAUAGGUAUGCAUAAUUUGUUCAGAAGCAGUCAACUAUGUUGAUGGCCUGAUUCCUUCGCCUGUAGUACAAGCGUUUUGAGGGCACAUAUAAGCACUAGAAUUUACACAGGUUGUGGGUAGGCAACUCCUCACCAUCCCCAAUAUGAUAUUUCUUUUCUUAUCCUCACUCCAUUGUCUGCAAAAUUCCACAUGCUCUCUUCAGUCUUUCUCUGCUGUCAAAAUCAAAUGUGGCAGCCAGUUGCCUGUAUAGCAUGAGACGCUUAUUUCAAAACGAGCUGUCUGCCUUAAAGUAAGUGACACUAGCCACUUUAAGAAAGUUUUUACUUGACCAGGAGGGCUUCUGACCUGCCUAUAAUUUCCAGUGUAUUGACUGCAUGAAUGCUUUGUCUCUAACCCAAUUUUAGCUGCAAACUUUCUGGCUAUAACCACCAUUUAUGCCAAGUCAGGUUCUGGGUAUGUUGUACCAUCAGCAGCUGCUAAGGCUGGAGUAGAAACAAUGACCAGGUAGUAAUCUCACUGUUGUAUUGUUCUCUUUUGCCAUCGUGCAUCCAAGCAAAAUAGUUUUUCACCAGAUUAACAGUUUUACACUCAUUUAUAGGAUAAGAGAAUGCAAUAAAAAAAGAUGCCCAAAAACUGAAAGAUGCCACACAGCUCAUGCCAAACUCAACUAAGAGUGCAUUCCAUUGGGAUGAUCAAAUCAGGAUCAGUCAUCUAAGAUCGCUUAGAUCAUGGUAAAUCAAAUGAAGCGAUUGGUCCUUUCCCAGGCAGGAUCAGUGGAUUCCUUUGACGUUUCAUGGUCCUAGUGAUCUUGGAUCUUUGAUAUAUUUUUUAUAUAUAUCCUGAUUCAGAUCAUCCCAAUGAAACAUAACCUAGCUGCGAUCAGGUGCUCUUUUUUUUUUUGUUGAACAUGACAUUUCAAAUUUAUGUUCGUUUUAAGAUCACUUGCAGCAGAGUGGGGAAAAUAUGGAAUGAGGUUUAAUGCCAUUGCACCAGGUCCUAUUGAGACAAAGGUAAUGACUGUUAAUUUAGUUUAACUUGAUAACAAACACAAAUGUAUCAAUAUUAUAAUAAUACAUAUGGCCGCAUUUGCACUGCAAGGUUAUAGCUAGAAUGAGACACACCAAGGCAAUUUUUUUCUUUUUGUGCCUUAAGAAAAUCACUUAGCUAUUUUAAGAGUCUAUGCAUUAAAAAAUAAAUUAAUCUUAACAAUGAUUUUGCCUUUUUUUGGUACGAAUUUGCAGAGUCGCUAGAGUAGCUGUUAAGUUCUUAAAGUUACUUCCAGUGAGCAAAGUCUUGACAUUGAUGUUAAAUAGGUAGCCAUUACUUUCACCUGUCAGUGUUAUUUAUUUGAAAUUCUUUGGCACAUGUCUCUGACAAUGGACUAUGUCUCUCUCUGUUAUCAAUCAUCACAGACUCGACAGUUAUGAAAGACAAAGCAUUCUCAAUAUUAUGGAGACAGAGAAAGUUCAAGCUGGCCACACCCCUUUUGUCUAUCCCUCAGCACGGUCACCAGCAGAUUAUUUCAUUUUACAGUCAAACUUUGCUUAACAGACACCUCCUUACAGACACCUUGUAAUUAUGGACAGUUUGCGUUGUCCCUGAGAAAAGCCCUUCCUUACAUUUUCUCUCAAUUCAACCCACUUAAUUUCAGACACCUCCUUAACAGGGACACUUUCAAUGCCCCCCUCAGUGUACUUGGAUUUAUAAAUACUUGACUGUACUUUCUUGACACUUGGUGUUUUCAGGGUGCUUUUAGUCGUUUGGAUCCCACCGGACAAUUCCGAAAACUAGUGACUGAACGCAUCCCUGCAGGUAGACUCGCUGAAAUCCCAGAGUUAGCCAACCUUGCAGCAUACCUUGUUAGUGAUUAUUCCAGCUGGAUGACAGGAGAGGUAACUUUUUUUGCAAUAUCAAUACAUAAUAGUGAUCACGAGCAAGCCCACGGGAGGGUUACUUCCUUCAAUAGCCUAUACGGGAAGGCUCUGCCCGAAAGGAGUACCUUUUUCAGGCUUCAGGUAUAUGAAAGGGUAGGGGUUUCACUAGUUGAAGUAUAUAAAAGGGUGGGGAAAUCUGUCAUUUUGGUCUAUAAAAAGGCUCAAAAUGGCUAAGAGAAUGAGAUGCAUUUUAAGACUGAAAUAAAGUUAGCAGUAAGGGAAGUGAAGUUCUAGGGAUAUGAAAGGGGUACCAUUUGGCAGUAGAAGUACACGAGAGGGGUUUCUUUUCUGCUAACAAUGGUAUAAAAAAGGAUAAGUGGUUGGACCUCAGGGCGGAGCCUCCGUGUACAAAACUCUUUAAAGACUCAUAGACGGGGGAAAGUUGACAAGAUGUGUGUUUUCACUGCAGGUUGUUGUAUUUGAUGGUGGAGAGUAUGUUUCUAUGGCUGGUGAAUUUAAUGAAUUUAGAAAGGUACAGGCAUUUUUAUGUUUAAAUGUUUCCCCCUUCUUUUCAUCUGCACUUGAUCAAUAAUUGAUUGCUCAAAUCCCUCAUCUAUUCGUUCUUUCAGGUUCCAAAUGAAAUGUGGGACCAAAUGGAAGCCAUGAUAAGAAAAACAAAGGGCUCUUGAUCAUAGAUUCAUUAGACAAUCAAUGAUCAUUCUCUUGUUAUAUUUUUCUUGUGGUAUGCUCUCAUACGGUAAUACCUUGUCAUUGACUGCCUUGUUCACGACAGUUAAAUUAUUUAUUAGGGCAGCAAGUUUAUUAGUUCCUCUGGUCUGCUAACUUCAACGUUAAAUUCCCAUGUCCCAAACCAAUUUGGCACAAAAAGGUGUCAAAUGUAUAAUUUCCUACAAGUGAAAAAAGGCGACAUUACCUGGAUCCUAAGCUGAUUCUUAGUGCAACAAUGCACCGUUUUUUUUUUAAUUUAAAAUAAAACAUGUAUCAAAGUUGUUACUGCUUUCAUUGUUGCCACAUCAGGGUGGUACUGGUUGUUCAAGAGGCCGAUACUAUCCACCAGAUAAAUCAGUAUCCAUUGAAUAAAUGUUACUGAAACCAUUAUAAUUGUAUUACCCUGCACUGGAUAGCAUUUCACACAAUUUAGCAUUCAGGCUUAUUAUCAUUAAAAUUCUUAAAAUUGUUGUGAGUUUCACAUCAUUUUAUUUACUGGUAUUCUUUUAGCUCAUUUCUAGCUUGC